UUGAAGAACAACAACAACAAAAGCAGCGGAGCGCGGAAGGAAGUGGAGCCCGGGCUGCCUGGCAAGAAACGAAGACAGGGACCGCUUCAGAACUGAAUUAUCGAUAACGCCGGAUUUAUCUCCUAUUUCAGCCUUUUGCGCCGCAGCAGCGCGCCGCGGCGUGCGGUUUGCCCCGGACGACCGAGAGGAGCUGUCAGCGGACGGACGUAUUUCGUAUGCGGCCUUUCACAAAGAAUGCAUGAGCAAAGCAGCGCCUUGGAACAAAAAUACAACAUUCAUUCUGUUGUGAGGAAUGUUUUGCAUUUCUGUCCUCUGCAGUCCAUAUUUUGGUCAGCUGUGAGAUUUUCCGCUCGCCGUCUCCACUGGUAUUAAGAGCGCGGACAAAAUGGAGGGUAAAAGCUAGUGUGUUGUUAACUUGACAUCGGGAGAUUUGGGACACCCCCCCGCCCCCCCAAACCUCGGAUGUCCUGGUCCAAGGGAUCACCCUGCCGUAUAAACACACAGAGCUCAGUGUCUUAGAGGAGCGCUGCAGGGAGUUCAUACCACAACAUGACGGACCCCGGGGAUGCGGACUGUGUAGCCGGGUCGUCUGGCGUCAGCAGCGGGGUCGUGCUGAGUUUCCCGCCGGGCAGGGGGCUCCCAGGCAGGUCCAGGGGCUUAUCCUCCCCCCCUCCGCCUGGAAGACUGACCUCCCUCAGAUCCAGGGACCUGACACUGGGAGCCUUCAAGAAGUCGAAGAAAACGUUUGAGCCAAAUGUCAAAGCUGUGAGGAAAAGCAAGGAUGAGUUAAGGGAGGAGACUCACAUGCCACCGAAGAAGGAGAGAAGAGAGAGGGAGGAGAGGAGAAGAGAGAUGAGAGGGAGGAGGAGGGAGAGGCCUCAGACCAUCCAGUCUCACUCCAUCUUCGAGCAGGGUCCUGCUGACACCAUACGCAAAACAGCCUGGCGGGGUGCUACAGAUGUGUGUGACACCACAGCCUCUUCUGUGUGUAAAUUUGUCAAGAAAGAGAGGAGAGAAUCAGAGGAGGACGAAGAUGAGAUACUGAGCAAACUGCAGCGAGAUGACUUUAUAGAUGACCCAGGCCUGAGGAAUGACAGCAAGCUGCGGCCCAUCCAGCUGCCUCUGUGCCACUCCAGCAGCUUCUUAAAGACAGAGGCGCUGACGACCACAACAUGUAAAGAGGAGCCUCCCCUCUUCAGGAGCCCGUCCUCUGUCGUCCCAGGCAGAGGCCUCCAGAGCGGGCCAGAGCAGCCGUCGCUGGUCCAGCUCUUCCAGGAGCUCAGCCUGUCUGGCCAGGAGGAGCUGUUCUUCAUCCAGCUGCCCGACUGCAUGCCUGGUAGAGCGUCCGGACCCGUCAAGGCUGACACCGGGGUCAGCUCUGUGACGGAGAAACCCGCCAAAAAAGACAGCAAGGCAGAUGACAAGAGGGCCGUACAUCUAAAAGCACAAGAGGCUGCGGUUAAGGAGGACUGUCCUGUGCUGUCCGACUUCCCGGAGGGCUUUCUGGGUAAACUCCAGAUCAGGAGAUCAGGCAAGGUGGAGCUGAAGCUGGGGGACGUUGUCAUGGAUGUUUCUGAGGGCGCUGCAUUCUCAUUUCUACAGCAACUGGUGUCCGUGCGUCUGUCUGACGGUCGAACUGGGGACAUGACGGUGUUGGGGAACGUUCACCACAAACUCGUCCUGUCUCCCGACUUCCAGGCUCUGCUGCGAGAAGCUCCAACAAAACCGCCACAAGGACACCGAUAACCUGCGUGUUGUCUGUCAGAGGGACAGGACAAAGACAGAGGAUACCAAAUUUUAUUUCCCCUACAAGUGUUUCCAUUGUGGUGCUUCUCAACUUCGAUUUAGAGCCAGUAGACACUUGUGGUUUGAGACAAGUUCACAAAUAAGUGGAAUCUCCUUUCAUUUUUAAGGCAGCUGACUACGUUACAAUUUUCCUCAUUUUUUUUUUUAUGAGGGGAACUGUUUUUAAAAAUGUUGUUUUAUGAUUUGAUAAGUCAAAAAUAGGAAAACAGCACAUGAUAUUAGACUAAGCCCCCUGAGCCACGGGGCCACUGGCAGGAGAACCAGCCAUGAACUCAAAGACAAGCUCUGGACACUUCUAUAAACGUUUGAUGGCACAUUUUAUAAAUGUUUGACUCCCGAGAGGAGAAUAUAUUCGACUCAAAUGUCAGGCUCCACUCCGCAAAGCUCCAGCACACCAGCUACAAGGACAGAGAUGAGCAGGACGGCCAUAGCAGAUGUUUACUGUCGUCUUGAAUUUAAAGGCUUUUAUCCAAAUUGUGGAAAAUUUUAGCGUCACACAACCAAAGCACUGACUUUGUUUUUGAGCAAGCACUCAUCAGCAGCCGUCCAUAUCUUCUCAGUGAACCAGACCCCAGGUGAAAACAGCCUUUCUAUACAGUGGUGGAAAAAAGUUUUCAGACACCCUUAAAAUUUUACACAAUCUCACAAUCUCAAAUAUUAUCAUGAAAUAUU